AACUGCAGCUCCAGACUGUGACAGAGAUGUUUGUAGUGGCUGGAGCACAUCUGGUUUGCAUCGAGGAGAGCUGACCACAGGACUGUUGAGGUUGUUCAGAUGAGGCUCAGCAGAGCAGGGGAGUGUUUUAAUUUCUGUAGAAUUAAGGGGACGAGCAGAAAAACAACAAGUAUGUAAUGCAGGUUCAACUUCCUAAGGUCGAGUCAGCCAGCUUUUACUUUGAACAGUCUAAUCUGGCAUGAAUCAGUAUAGAAUAAGUCAUUUUUGUUUAAGCUGCAGUGAUAUGAAGUCAUACUUAUUUUAGUUAAAAACUACAUCACUGCUUAUAAAAAUCAGACUUGAAAGAAGUUAUUUCCUAUAGCCUCAGGCAGGGCUGCCCUUAUAUUUCAAAUUCUACAGGUUAUUGUCGUUAUAGGCUUAAUAUUUAAGCUCCUACAUUGGUAGUUGUUUCUUGAGGCGGAGUCCGGGCAGCUGGAUUUAAAAUAUUCAUAUUCUGCUCUGAGUGGACUCUGUCCAUUCCAGGGAAUCGCUGCUGUGAGGAAGUGAACUGGUUGCACUGACUGAGACACCCAGAGGCAAUGAGAGCACUGUGCAGCUCCGCUGUAUAAAAGCAGCCAGCCGCAGUCAGAGUAACAGUAGUAUGCUUGUGCAAUGAGACAGGGAGGCAGUGUGUUCUGAGAGACGACUUUCAACAUACCUGCUGAAUGAGGAAAUAUUUCGGGUGAAGACGUGCUCUAAAGAGGAGGACAUUAAAAACAGUCUGGAUUACUUAGUACACUGACUAAAGUAGCUUCAGUUCUGAGGAACUGUCAAAGUGAUCCAGAUCAUCUCCAUGGAUUUCUCAUUUCAGAGCAUCUUCUCAGCCAGAUAAACCACAUCAGGCCCAGAGGCCGGCAGUGAUGCUGGCGAUGCAGCACUACAACUCUUCGGGCAUUAUCGCUCCCUUUGCCCUCACUAACCACACCACCAUGGUGCAGGUGUCUGUGAUAGAGGCAGUAACUCAUAAUGUCACCCGUCCAUCCAAGAGCCCCAUAGCUGCCGGCCUCACCAUGACUCUGGGCAUCAUCUUCAACGUGGUGGCCCUGCUCAUUCUCGCCAAGGCUUACAACCGCUUCCGUCGGCGGUCGAAGGCCACUUUUCUGCUCUUUGCCAGCUCUCUGGUGGCAACAGAUCUGGCUGGACAUGUUAUCCCUGGAUCACUCGUACUGAGGAGAUACACAGCAGGCACUGGGUCCCCAAUUGAUCCUACUGCCAACCUUCGAGGUGAUCCUGCAAAUCCAGAUGCCUCUUGUCUAUUUCUGGGAGGUUGCAUGGUGUUCUUUGGCCUGUGCCCUCUCUUUCUGGGGUGUGCGAUGGCUGCUGAGCGCUGCCUGGGCAUCACCAAGCCUUUGCUGCAUGCUCAACUUGUGACCACAGCAAGGACAAAGACGGCACUGACCCUGAUCUGGCUCCUGGCUUUGUGUGUGGCCUUUCUACCCUUCUUCAGCCUGGGUGCCUAUACUUACCAGCACCCGGGAACAUGGUGCUUUAUCCGGGUCAUGGAGGAUACUAAAGCAACAGACCUAGCCUUCGUGAUGCUGUUCUCUGGACUGGCUUUGAGCUCUCUGGCCGUGGCCUUUGUGUGUAACACCAUCAGUGGGAUCACGCUAGUGAGAGCCCGGCUAAAGAAAAGGUCUUGCUCCCAGCGCCUCUCGGCCAGGUCUCACGACACUGAGAUGGUGGUCCAGCUGGUUGGCAUCAUGGUCACCUCUUGCAUCUGCUGGAGCCCUCUGCUGGUCUUUGGACUGAUGUCAGCCACACGCUCCUACAGUGGCACCCUGAGCAGUGACAAAGACACCUAUAGGGGGCUGAUGGUGACGGGUGUCAGGAUGGCAACCUGUAACCAGAUCCUGGACCCGUGGGUCUACAUCCUGCUGCGACGCGCCAUCCUCAGGAAGAUCUACCGCAUCACUAAAAGGAAGGCCAGUCUCAAGGGAAGCAUGUUCCGCUCUGCUCGCUGGGAUCUCAGCUCCUUCGAGAACUCUGAGAAAAAAAAUGUUACUAAGAUUUAACUGGACCCUUAGAGGAAGAAAAGGGACUCAUCAGCUCACUGUUUGAAGGAUGUUCUGUCACCUGCCAGCAGGAUCAACACUGAGCCCAUCAUCUGGAUUAUAAUUCAGUGUAAAAAGGUCCCAAUGAAAAGAACAAGCUAAUAAUAACAUCUUGGGUUUUUCUAUGUAUGAGUAUGAAUUCAUUAUGAACUGUUUAUCAGCAUGCAACAUGACUGUACAGGACAUGUUUGCAUGUCAGUAUGUCCUCUGUGAGAGCAGAUUUUGUCAGUUGGAGUAUAAAGUGUUAACUUUUUUGUUGAAGUGAAGACUGUGUCUGGUCUUAAAGCAAACAUCUCAACUAAGAAGUUUGCCUGCAAAUGUGCCGUUUUGUUCUCUGACAUAUAGUAAAAGUCAAUGACUUGUGUAAAUGCUCACAUAAGCGAGCAAAAGAAAAAAAAAGGCUGUGCUUUUACCUCAGCUUGAAGAUGUGAAAAAAAAAACACUCUGUGUGUGUCUAAUGUAGUGCUCCGACAUGAAUGUGAAUGUGUUUGUGAAUGUGUCUAUAGUAUCCCCCCCCGAGUGUGUGAGGUCUGAAGUGAAGCUACAUAUUGCAAAAGCUACUUGGAUGUGAUGUUGUUGGGGAAAGGGAAUGUGGGAUGAGAUAAUAAAUUA